UUCCGAGCGGGAAAGUGUGGUCACUGGGUCACACUCUGGGCACCUGACUUAGGGGCGGGAGCGGGGAAAGGAGGAGCAAGAGACCCGGAAUUUAAGAGUUUCUCUGGUCUAGUUUUCCGGUGCUUUAGGCUUUUACCGCCCUAGACGCCGUUGCGGUCUCUGCCAACCUUCGGCCCCAGGACCCUCAGGAUGGCGAGAGCCUGGGUCUGCGUGGGAGGCGCCGUCUUCCUUCUUUCCUGUCUGGUUUUGCAUUGGCGCUUCAGUGGCUCUCUGGUUUCAGGGACAUUUGCUUUUUACAUACCCUGGAGAAAGGAGGAUGUUCUUUUCCGGCUGGAUUUGGAUUGGCCCAAGUAUUCAGAAUACUUCACUGGUUCGACGUUUUCUGUUGCAGUUGACUCCCUUAACGGGUUAGUUUACGUAGCUCAAAGAGGGGAUAACAUCCCCAAGGUAUUAGUGUUCACAGAGGAUGGAUAUUUCCUACGAGCCUGGAAUUAUACAGUUGACACACCCCAUGGUAUGUUUGUCUCCAGCACACCAUAUGAACAGUCCGUCUGGAUCACGGACGUAGGAAGUGGAUCCUAUGGUCAUACUGUUAAAAAAUACAACCCCCUGGGUGAUCUUGUUCAAGUCUUGGGUACCCCAGGCAAGAAAGGCACUGGCUUGAAUCCACUGCAGUUUGAUAACCCUGCAGAAUUAUAUGUAGAUGACGUGGGAGAGAUUUACAUUGUGGAUGGAGAUGGGGGACUGAAUAACAGACUGGUCAAAUUGUCCCAAGAUUUCAUGAUCCUCUGGCUGCAUGGAGAGAGUGGAACAGGAUCUGCCAAGUUCAACAUACCUCACAGUGUUACACUUGACUCACUUGGUCGGGUGUGGGUUGCCGACCGAGGAAAUAAAAGACUCCAAGUAUUUGAUAAAGACACCGGAGAGUGGUUAGGAGCAUGGGACAGCUGUUUCACAGAGGAGGGACCUUCGGCUGUUAGGUUUACCCCGGCUGGGCAGUACCUGAUUGUGGCCCAGCUGAACCUCAGUAGGCUGUCAGUUUUGGCGGCACCACCACCUGGAAGCAUCGGAGAGUGUUCUGUGGUCAGCACCAUCCAGCUGGCAGACCAGGUCCUGCCGCAUCUUCUAGAAGUUGACAGGAAGACCGGCGCAGUCUAUGUGGCAGAAAUUGGGGCAAAACAAGUCCAAAAAUACGUCCCAUGGCACAGCCAUACCCCUGCCUUCGGAGCUUAGUGCCUCCUUCCCGGAGGGGCUUCAAGUAGCAGUUCAGAGCCGCAGAGUCACUGCGUUUAAAAUCAUCAAGGCACAGGGUCAUUUUUACCUCUUCUACCAGAGAAGUGUGUUGGUGUGUCAUUAAGGUCAUGUGUCUCUUGUGGUUCUUGGGACUUAGUUUUACAGCUAAGUGGGUAAGAGGUGGUUUUUUUUCCUUUUUGAUGGUGUUGAACUUAUUGCCUCAUGCGUGCCAGGCUGCUGCCCUAGCACGGAGCUGCAUCUUCACAUAAGCAGCUUUUAAAGAAGUGCAAUUCUAAAAUGGGGUUAUGACGGGAUACUGUGAUUGUAACCACAUUACUUGUGUGGGUUGAUGAACUCUCUCUGGGCUCCUAGGGUAACCUUUUGAUUUCCUAUGAAGAACUGGAAACUACUGGUUUGUUUAACUUACGUAAAAUGGACUGUGAGAGAUUGUGGUUGCGUGGUCUGCUCAGUAAUCUGAGGCAUGCAGAGGUCUAAAGUGAAGCAGCAGCAAUUUCUGCCUCCUGGUCCAGCAGAGAGACAAGUGGGCAUGGAGACAGAUGGGAGGAGCCGUGCCAGGUGGAUUCAUGCAGACUCCAGGCAGUGGCAGCAUGGGCUGAGAUUGGCCACGAGAUGAAUGAGAAGGCCUAAGACUUACAGACUUCCCAUGGAUUCUGAGGGAAAAAAACCAAGGUUUUGGUCUCUUUUAGCUACGAAAUACUUAAUGUCACCCUUUACAAGUAAGAUUGCACAGCCAGCAUCUCAGCACUUUACUAAAAUGAAGAUUUUAUUCCAGUGGUAUUUUGAGAGUGAGUGCUAGCAAUAAGUCUCCUCCUCAGUAUUGCCCAUUCCGUUUUUUAGAAUAAACUCACUUUGCUAGUAGCGUUAAUCUACCUCCAAGACAUUUAGGGGAGUUAGAACCCUUCACAUGGAAGUGUGCCAAAUGCUUUGAGGGAUCACAAUGAAUCUCCCUGUCUCUCCCACUCUCGUCCUACCUGAAUACUGGCCUUCACAUGCAGGUUCUGUGCUUUUCAGUUUGUUCUGGUUUAUUCUAGGUUUCGAUGGACCCUUUCCCUCUCAGGGUCUUUUGCUCGUCUGUCCCCAUCCCUCACUGUCCCAGAGUUAAAUGGUGACGUGUGCAGCACCAGGGAAGCCUAAGAACUCUGCUCCCCACCCACUACAACUGAAGGGGCUUGGGUCUGUUUAGGAGCGUGGGUCACAUACAGUGCGGGAGGCAAGUGAGCUUCCUGUUGAAAUGUGCUGCAUCCCAAGGCUCUUACAUGUGUCCCCACUGCUCACCAGACUGUGAUUCAGAAGUCACCUUAGAAUAUCAUUCUUUCCUCUUCACUGUUGCUGUGUGGGUUGGAUAUGUAGCAGGCACAGAUACCUGGAUCCUGGAGUGCAUUACAGAAUGUUCUGAGAUGGCCUUCCAACUGUCUUUGUCAUUACAUCACAUGCCAUUUGCCUGACUGUGUUCAAGGAGUCUGCAAAACGAGUCUUCAUAGGGUUUAUGCAUUUGCUAAUAUGACCAGUUAAUUUGGAUGAAAAGAAAAGUGUAAGCUUGUUUUGUUGGUGAGCCGGAGAAGAAAUGCAGCUGCCCCUUUGAGGGGAGUAAGCUAGCUGAGCUGCCCUUGUUAUCUCUACAGUAUUUUCCUCUGCCUGUUUCUAUAAGCAGUGAUUUUAUUGAGGAUUUUCUACGUAGAUACGUCGUGUUUUGAUUGAAUCCAUCCUUCAUUCUCUCCCUUUCAGCUCCUCCCCAUCCUCCAUCACAUUUCUUCCCAACUUCCUGUGCAUAUGUACACUUCGAAUGAACUUGGUGCUGCCUGGUCGUGCAUGGGUAUAGGACAGUCUACUGAAGCAGGGGUAGCCCUUUAGGAAACAUGUCCCUCGAAAGAUUCUCCCUCCACCAGUAGCCAUCAAUUCCCAGUAGCUAGCUUCUCGGCUCGGUAUAGGCUCCAUUGAGCCCCUCCCGCUCUGUGCUGGGAUUUUGACGGGUGUCAUCUUAUGCGUGCAGUCAUAGCUCUUGAGAGUGCUGUGUGCAGCAGCUUUCGUGUCCAGCACACGAUGCUUCGCUGUAGAAAUCUACCACCGCUGCCUUCUGAUCCCUGAGGGUCCUGGGGUGUUGGAGGUGAUGUAGAUGUCCCAUUUAGGGCUGACAAGUUCACGGUCUCUUAUUCUCUGUGUUUGGACCGUGGCAGAAACAGAACCUCUGGAACUAUGAAAGCUAGCCAUCGGGAUGAAGUUUCCAGGCCAGUACCAGCUUGAUUUCUUCUUUACCCAUUCUUAUAAAACUUGCUGAGAAUAUUGUUCCUGUUUGUCUAAAAAGACAUGCUUAUUUGAUCGAUGUACUUGCAAUCAGAGUAUUUUACUCCUUGCUUUUGGAUCAAUUAGUUAACAAAUAAGAAUUGUAUUUUCUAUUGGAACA